AUGUCCGACUGCCGAAUCAGCGUCUGGUCCGAUCCAUACUGUCAAAAGAACAAGGCCAGAAACAGCGGUACGGCCUUCCCGGCGGCAACCCGCCAAUCUCGAUAUUCCCACACCGCCGAAAACCACAAGACCGGCCGUCGCGAAACCCCCGUCCCUAUCAUUCCAUCCUCCUUCGGCGAGUGCUACAGCGCAGGCAUCUCGAGCCUCGAGCGAGCCGUCCUGAACCUCUCCAGCCCCACGCUCAACCACCCGCUCCUCCCCGGCGCGCUGGCGCUGCAGGUCCUGGGGCGUCGGACGUCAUGGACGAGAUCUGCAACAAAGGGAAUCGUGUUGCACGAGCGCCCUGCCGGGCCUGCACUAUUACGACUAUCUGCGCGAGACGGGCCGCCGCCGUGCUGUGGCGUCACCGUCGUCGGGGGUGGGGGACCUCGCCGGCAACCACAAAGAGGAUCCCUAGGUGUGCGUCGAGCGAACCUGACCGAGUGGGCAGCACGGCGCCGAGUAGAUGGGAGGCAUUUACCCGGUUUUCGGGUUGGGGAGAUUCGCGUAUUUGACGAGUCGGUAACGGCAGUGGCGGCGGCAGCGGUGGAGACGGAGGAGUCUCUUCACGUCACCAAAAACCCCACGGGUGGACCCAAGAGCACUCGCCACAAUGAGCAGCAGCAGCUAAAAACAGCAGCAACCACAACCAAACCCCGACGACUCUCAAACCCGCCUCGGGAGGGUACCUCACGCAACGAUCGUACAAGUCGAGCGGGGACGUGGCUGGCGACGGCGCGGCUGACCGUCAACCCGCCAGCUGAGGCCGCGGAGCACUCUGUCUCCGAAAAGGUCCGGGUCCGAGUCUGGAAGCCGCUCGUGGCUGGCCAGGGAUGA